CGGCGAUGGCGGACCCGGGCGGCGAGGCGGGCGGGUCUGUCCCUGAAGGCGGCCCGGCUUCCAAAGGAGAGGAGCAGAACGAGGAGGAAGGCGGCCGGGUGUCACCGCUAGAGAAGGAUGAUGGCCAGGAAGGUGAAGAAGGCGUGGAUGCUACGGAACAUCCUGGAAGGGAAGACACAACUGAAGGAGAAGUUGCACUUGAAGGGGACCCUGAAUUUGAAGGGGACCCCGAGUUUGAAGGGGAAGUCAUGACAGAAGAGGAAUUUGAAUUUGAUUUAGAAACUGCCUCCCCUGAAGGGCAAGUCAGUUCCAUGGAUCUGGCCUAUUUAGAUGGCAGUCCUCGGGAACUGCCUGGAGGGGAGGUUGGCCCCACGCCCCUGGGUGGAAGACGUAGCAGGGAAGACGGGCUUGACCACGAGGCGACCGGCCCAUCAGAAUCAAGAGAAAGGGAGGUUAUCACAACAGAGCCAUCCCAGGAAGUCCCGAGCUCCCCCGAGCAAACAGACCAGGAUACUUCUGGAUCCACACUGAGCGGAUCGAUAAAAUCCCAAGAAAAGCUGCAGCAGAAGGUCUUUCCCAUGGGGUCCCGACACCGUUUCAGGCUGAGCCAAGGGAGCAGCAUGUCCUCAGACACAGAUGAGCAUUUCCUGAGCAUGGAGCAGCAGGAGCCAGCAGGGCCCCUCCCGGCCCCCGACACCCAGCCCAGGGAAGGGGCCCAGCCCGCGUUCCUGGACCGGAUCCAGCAGUUAAGCCCGGAGGGCCAGUCCCCGGAGGACAGGGCGGAGUCCCAGGGGAGCGACGAGGCCGAGGACGAAGGAUCCCAGCUGGUGGUUUUGGACCCAGACCACCCCCUGAUGGUCAGAUUCCAGGCCGCGCUGAAGAGCUACCUUAACCGACAGAUACAAAAGCUGAAGCUGGAACUUCAAGAGCUGGGCGUGGCCACCAGGCAAAGCCGGGCCCAGCGGCAGGAGCUGGGGGUGAACCUCUACGGGGUCCAGCAGCAGCUGGCCCGCCUGCAGAUGCAGCUGGAGAAGAGCCACGACCGCCACUCGGUCGCCGCGUGCCAGAGGAGGCAGAAGGAGGAGGAGCUGCAGGGCGCGCGCGCGCUCCACGCCAAGACCUCCGCGGCCGCCAACCAGGAGCGCAAGAAGCUGGCGGCUCUGCAGGCGGAGUUGGAGAACUUGCUUCUGAACCUCUUCUACAUGCAGAACGUCGACCAGGACGUGCAGGAUGACAUCCGCGUGAUAAAGCAAGUGGUGAAGAAGGCCGAGGUGGAGAGGACUCGGGCAGAAACUGAGAAGAAGCAGCAGGACCUGUUUGUGGACCAGCUCACCAGCAAGGCCAAGCAGCUGGAAGAAAACAUCGCGCUGUUUGAGGCUCAGUGCUCUGCCCAAGCCGAUGACACCCAGACUCUAAGGAAAGCAGUGAGCGAGGCGUCCACGGAGAUAGAGGCCAUCACCAUGGAGAAGAAGCGCAUCCUGCAGCAGUGGGCCACCAGCCUGGUGGGCAUGAAGCACCGUGACGAGGCGCACAGGGCCAUCCUGGAGGCGCUCAGGGAAUGCCGGCACCAAGCCAAGUCCGUGGACGGCGAGAUCGAGGCCUACAAGAGGUCGAUCAUGCAGGAGGAGGAGAAGAACGAGAAGCUGGCGCGCAUCCUGAACCGGGCGCAGACGGAGGCCGGCCUGAUGCAGAAGCUGACGGCCCAGUGCCUGACCAAGCAGGAGGCCCUGCAGAGCGAGUUCGACACCUACAGGCUGGCCCUGCAGGACGCGGAAGACGCCCUGCGCAAGGGCCACCAGGAGCAGGCGGUGGUCAGCAGCGAGCUGCAGACCGUGCGCCAGGCCAUCUGCAGCGAGCAGGAGCUGAGGAGGAGGAUGGACAUCGCCAUCCGGGAGAAGCUGCAGGAGCACGUGACCUCCAACAAGAUGACCAAGUACUUCAACCAGCUCAUCCAGAAGCUUCAGAAGGAGAAGACCGACAUGGUGACACAUCUCUCCAAAAUUGAUGGUGACAUUGCUCAGGCCACGCUGAACAUCACGAAUGCCAGCUGCAGGCUGGAGAUGCAUCAGAGGACGCUGGCCGAGCUGGACAAGGAAGUGAAGAACCUGAACGAGCUCGUCACCAACAGCGAGAGCGAGAUCGCCCGGCGCACCAUCCUGAUCGAGCGGAAGCAGAGCCUCAUCAACUUCCUCAACAAGCAGCUGGAGCAGAUGGUGUCCGAGCUGGGGGGGGAAGAAGUCGGGCCCCUCGAACUCGAGAUCAAACGGCUGACCAAGCUGCUGGACGAACAGAGCACCCGUGUGACGAAGGCCCAGGUGACCUGGCUGCGCCUGCAGCAGGAGCUGGUCACGGCCACGCAGGAGCACGAGCAGCAGCUGCAGUCCACGGCCAUGGUCAGGAAGGAGAUGCACAUCUUGGAGCAGAAGAAACUGCGAGUGGAAAACAAGAUCAAGCAGGAGAGGAGGGAGCAGAAGGAGAUCGAGCGGCACAUAAAGGACCUGGACAACGACCUGAAGAAGCUCAACCUGCUGGUGAACAAGAGCCGCGGCAGCUCGGAGCAGCUGCAGCAGGACAACCUGGCGACCGAGGGCGAGUUCCUGCGCGCGCUGAAGGCUGCAGAGCGGGAGACCCUGGAGCUGCAGGAGAAGCUGAGCCAGCUCAGCGAGGAGAAGGCGGCCGUGCUGAGCAACCUGCUGGAGGCCGAACACCAGAUUAUGCUUUGGGAGAAAAAAAUCCAACUGGCGAAAGAGAUGCGUGCCUCAGUGGAUUCUGAGACCGGCCAGACAGAGACCCAAGCCAUGAAGGCUGAGAUCCACAGGAUGAAGGUCAGGCACGGGCAGCUGCUGAAGCAGCAGGAGAAGAUGAUCCGCGACAUGGAGAUGGCGGUCGCCCGCAGGGAGACCAUCAUGACACAGGCCCAAGGCCAGGGCAAGACGGGCCAGAAGGUGCUCACCCGGACCGACUUCCACCACAAGCAGAUUGAGCUGCGCCGGAAGAUCAGGGACGCUCACAAGGCCACCGAGGAGUGCACCAAAACCAUCCUGGAGCUGGAGGAAGUGCAACGAAGCUCGAGCAGCGCCCUCCGGGAGAAGCAGGGGCAGCUGUCGACGAUGCAGUCCGACUUGGACACGCUCGAAGCCGACCUCAGCCGGCUCACAGCCCUGAAGCGCCAGAACCUCUCGGAGAUCGUGGCCCUACAGACGCGCGCGAAGCACCUGCAGGCGGUGAAGGAGGGGAGGUACGUGUUCCUGUUCCGCUCCAAGCAGUCCCUGCAGCUGGAGCGCAGGCGCCUGGAUGACCGGCUGGCCCUCAUCGCCACCAUCCUCCAGCAAGUGCAGGACGAGUACCCCCAGUUCCAGGAGGCCCUGCACAAGGUCAGCCAGAAGGUCGCCAGCAAGCUCGAAUCGCCGGGGCCAUCGUAGAGAGCAGCCGGGAACCCACCUUCCACAGCUAUCCACCCCCCCAAGAAAGAGAUCCAGAAAUGUGUUUAUUAUGAGGGACUUAGAAUCUUUUUGUGUUCCUAUAAACCACGUGUGCCCUCCGCUCGACACCACUUAAGAGAAAUAGAUAAGCCAGCCCACCUGUAGGAAUUGCUCAGCCACUCAGCAAUUUAACCAAGGAAAACCUGACUUUCCAACCAGCCACGGGUGAAGGCUGUGCCCGUGGGUGCAGACAACACCCCCCACGCUGGACCUCGCCGUCCAAAUAACCCUUCUGUUUGUGAGGCCCCGCAACACCUGCUGGCACAGGCGCACAACCUGUCGGCGAGCAAAGGGCGGAAACCGGCAGCGCACCUGGCCGGAGGCCUCGGAGCUGCUUCAUCCCUCAGCACCCCCUCUACCAGCAGACCCUCCCCACUUUUUGCCAUCACCUCCCCCAGAAAACUCAGGUCCCUUCUCCUGCCCUCACAUCCAGUUUGAGUUAAAUUCACACUCACAGCUUGCAGGAGAAAGUCAAGGGCCCCAGACAGGUCAUUUAUGGAAGCAGGUGACCACUGACAUAAGAGCAUCGCCAGGAAAAUACUAAGCAACCACGCCCAGUCUGCUCACCUGUCUCUUCUUCACUAUUUUUAUUUUGAGAUGAGGUCUGGCUGUUGCCCUGGGUGGGAUCAAACUCUGAGCUCAAGGGCCCCUCCCACCUCGGCCUCCUGAGCAGCCGGGACUGCAGGUGCCACCAGGCAGGUGCCUUCAUUAUUAACCCCGUGCUCUCUCUCCCACUCCCCUGCAUUCCCGAGUACUAAACACCUAGUGGCUUCAAUGCAAUUUAAAGGAAAAAUGUUCUAUAAAAUAAUUUCACUUUCAAACCUUU